AGUGGAUAUUUACGUUUAAAGUGGUGAAGAAGUUUUAUUGCGGAAUUUGUUAUUUUAAAGUUACUAAAAAAGUACAAUCCUUUAAUAUAAAUUGAUUAUCCACCCCUUCAAAUAAAUGUCCAUUCUUCAUACUUGCUUUAGAGUAGCAUCAAAUCAAUUUCGAAAUCAUUUAAAUUUGAAAGCAUUUGUUGGAAGAAAUAUUUCUACAAUGAGACUUCCCGAGGUUAUUGACGUCUUGAAAGAUUUUGCUCCAUUGCAAUACGCUGAACCAUGGGACAAUGUUGGCUUACUUGUUGAACCCAGCACAAAGCAAGAGAUUGAAAGAAUUUUAUUAACAAACGAUUUGACUGAGAAUGUUUUAGAAGAAGCUUUGAUGAAUAGAAGCAACUUAAUUGUCGUUUAUCAUCCUCCAAUAUUUGCUGGUAUCAAACGUCUUACAAUGAAUGACUGGAAGCAACGAAUCAUUCUAAAAUGCAUUGAGAAUCACAUUGCUGUUUAUUCUCCGCAUACUUCUUGGGAUGCCUGUCCCAAUGGUGUGACUGACUGGUUGGCAGCUUCACUUCCUGUUUUAUCACAAAAAAUUGCUCUUCCAAAUCCAAUCAAUUCUAAUUUUGGUGGUGGAAGAGUCUGCAUGUUGAAAGUAGAAAUGACAUUGGAUGACGCUGUUAGGAGGAUUAAAGCAUACACCGGAAUGCCAGAUGUUCGUGUUGGGAUUGCAGUUAACAAAACAAUAGAAAGUCCGAUUGGCAGCUUCGCUGUAUGCGCUGGUUCAGGUGGAUCGGUUUUAAAGGAAAUUAAAGAUCCGAUUGAUCUUUUCAUUACUGGUGAACUCUCACAUCACGAUGCUCUUGAUGCAAUUCAUCGACAAAUCCACGUCGUCACGUUGAAUCAUUCAAAUUCUGAACGAGGAUAUCUCAAGUUGUUUAAGAAAAUUCUUCAGGACCGCCUUCACACGACUACUAAAGAAAUUGAAAUUUCUGUAUCAAAAGUUGAUGUUGAUCCCUUAUCGACAUAUUAAAAUAUAAUUUUCUCUCAAUU